GAGAUGUCACAACAUAACCUGCAACGGCCAUUCUUGUGAAUUUUGUUUGCCACUGUGGAUUGGGGUCGGAUGUUCGCGCGGUUUGUUUACAAAUUUAUGAAAUUUUGAAUAAACAUGCGACGCAGUCAAGCGCCCAGCAUAAGCCACAGCAACAAAUUCAAGACUCCGAUACAGAACAAGAGGCCAAGGCGGGAACAGAAGGAAAAUCUCUCACUUUCGGCGCCAAUUCAAAAGCUCUCCGUGUCAGACUAUGAACAAGCAAUCGCGAAUAUUCUGAGGAAACCUUUUAAAGUUCCGAUCCCAAACUACAUCCCUGAUCAUUGUGGGAACAGAUGUUUAGGAAUUAGAAGGUCCAUCUUCCGACGGCCGCUUCAUGAUCCUUUUGCUUGCAAUGCAUUGGUGCUGAGUGAGCCUCCAAAAUAUACCGAACAUGAUAUUAUGCAUAUGGAUAAGAACAAAAUCUUGGUUCACGUCGUCGUGGAUCCUUUGUUGAGUAAUAUACUCAGAGCUCAUCAACGGGAAGGCGUUAAAUUUAUGUACGAUUGCGUGACGGGGGCGAAAGGCGAUUUCCAAGGGUGCAUUAUGGCUGAUGAAAUGGGAUUAGGAAAAACUCUUCAAUGCGUAACACUUGUUUGGACAUUACUACGCCAAAGUCCAGAAUGUAAACCAACAAUAAGCAAAGCCAUCAUAGUAUGCCCUAGUUCUUUGGUGAAAAAUUGGCAAAAUGAAUUCAACAAAUGGCUUCAUGGCCGUGUGAAUUGCUUAGUGAUAGAGAACAGCAACAAAGAGGAGACAAUACAGAAGCUUAAACAAUAUAUCUUGGAUAAAAGUGUACGUUCUGGUACGCCCAUAUUAGUCACUAGCUAUGAAAGUUUUCGUAUUUACUCGGAAAUUUUGAAUUCUUCGGAAGUAGGAAUUGUGAUUUGUGAUGAGGGCCAUCGUCUAAAAAACAGCGACAAUCAAACAUAUCAAGCUUUAAUGGGUUUACAAACCAAGCGCAGAGUCUUACUCUCUGGAACUCCCAUUCAAAAUGAUUUAACUGAAUAUUAUAGUUUGAUAAAUUUCGUAAAUCCAGAUAUGUUGGGACCACCUGGGGAGUUCCGUCGUCAAUAUGAAAACCCAAUAGCUCGCGGUCAGAACGCGGACUCUUCCGAUAAGGAAAGAGAGAAAGCAGUCGCAUGUAUACAGCAAUUAACUAGCAUCGUUAACAAGUGCUUAAUCCGACGGACAAAUCAAAUUCUUACAAAAUAUCUCCCAGUUAAAUUCGAAAUGAUUAUUUGCGUGAAAAUGACUGAACUGCAAAAGGACAUGUAUAAGAAAAUUGUAAAUUCAGAUUCGAUACAGAGAAAUAUCAGCAAAGGAAGCGAGGACGGAAAGAUGUCUUUAACCGCCCUUGCGGAUAUAUCUACGCUGAAGAAGUUGUGCAAUCAUCCCAGCUUAGUGGAAACUAAAGAAAUAUCCUCAUACGGUCGAAGCGAUUUAAGUCCUGAGCUAAGUGGCAAAGUGAUGCUUCUUGAUUUCAUGCUUGCUGCAAUUAAAGCAAACAGUGACGACAAAGUUGUAUUAGUUUCGAAUUACACACAAACUUUGGAUUACUUUCAGAAACUAUGUGAAAAACGAAAAUACAGUUACGUCCGUUUGGAUGGUACAAUGACGAUAAAAAAGCGAAGUAAAAUAGUCUCGGAAUUUAACGAUCCAAAUUCGAAGCACUUCAUAUUCAUGCUUAGUUCUAAGGCUGGCGGUUGCGGGCUGAAUUUGAUCGGAGCUAAUCGACUUUUUAUGUUCGAUCCCGACUGGAAUCCAGCAAAUGAUGACCAAGCUAUGGCUCGAGUUUGGCGAGAUGGACAGAAGAAACCUUGCUUUAUUUACAGGCUGUUAGCUACUGGAUCGAUUGAAGAGAAAAUUUUCCAACGACAAACUCACAAAAAAUCGCUUUCUAGCAAAAUUGUAGACAAUAACGAGGAUAGUGAGAGGCAUUUCACACGUGAUGACUUGAAGUAUCUGUUUCGAUUGGAGGAGAAUACCAUGUCCGAUACGCACGACAAACUAAAAUGUAAGCGGUGCAUCAAUAAUCUUCAAGUAACUGCGCCCCCACCAACCGCCGAUUGUACAUCAGAUUUAACGCAAUGGUUUCAUUGCACAAAUAACAAAGGCGUUCCUGAUAAUGUUCUAUCACAAGCGUGGAGCGCUAGCAAAUGUGUAUCCUUUCUAUUUCAUCAGAGGUCUCAGGGAGAGGUGGAAAGUAGAAGCGAAAGUGCAGAUAAUGAAGAGAAAGAGGAUAAAGUGUGUUUCAAAGAUGAUGAAGAGGUCAUUGAGGAAUCUGACGUCGAUAGUGACGAUAGUGAUGAAGAUUUUAAAUUGAAAUAA